AUGCAAAUGCUACUCCUGCCGGCGGUUCGCUCCGGCACAGCGGCAUCUGCGGUGUUGCCAACCCCCACUCUUCUACACCGCCUAAAGCACCGAGCAUUCCUCUCUCCUCCGAAUUCCCUACCAAUCUCUCACAAAUCAACACAACCUCUCCCGUUAUUCUCUUACAGUAGCUUAUUACCUAGUUACGAUCCUCUUAAGAACAAAACGUCAAAACUUUUAUCUACCCAGACAAACGCUUCCAAUGCAACUGCUCCUGCCUUCAAUUCCCAAAACGACGAGUCAGAAAGGGCAAAACUUGCUCAGGUGGCAAAGAGAUUAGAGAAUACAUCAAGGUAUUUUAAGCGGUUGGGUAAUCUAGGAUUUUGGGGGCAGCUAAUAUGUACUACAGUGGCAGCUGUGAUUCUUUCGUUUUCUGUUGUUGUCACUGGGAAGAUCUCAUCGCCUCCUACUUUUUACGCUACUCUUGGUGGGAUCGCAGCUGCAUUCAUUUCUGUGUUCUGGUCAUUUGGCUACAUUCGGCUCUCUGAGAAGCUGCGAAAAACCGCAAAUGAUCCUUCCAAGGCACCUCCUCGUGCUGAUGUUGUGAAAAGUUUGAAAAAUGGUAUAGUAUUGAAUCUUUUGGGAAUGGGUGCUGCCAUUCUUGGCAUGCAAGCCACAGUAGGAUCGUUGGUUGCAAAGGCUCUAACUUCCUCGGCAAAUCCUUAUUACCAGCAAAUCUCUCCUGGCUACAGUCCAGUUCUUGCAUUGGAUGUGUUUUUGGUUCAGGCUUCUGCAAACACCAUCCUUUCUCAUUUUCUGGGGCUCGUAUUCUCCUUGGAACUCUUGCGCUCGGUGACACUACCCCCGUCAGAAAGUCUUCCAGUCUUUAAGGUGGCAUAA